CAGGUUUGUCCUCCUUGACUCUUCUUUCCUGUACUAUUUCUACAUCUCCCCAUUUCUCGAACACAAUCGAAACCCAGAAAGAAAAAGGAAAAGAAAAUGGCGAAUUUUGUACUGCAAGUCCCAAGGACGCUGAGAAGCUUCUCUCUUUCUGCUACAUCUAACGGGGCUUCAGUGGGUGGGCCUCAGAGUGGAGGGAAUGGUGGUCCAGUGAUAGUGGAGCUUCCGAUUGAGCAGAUAAGGAGGCCGUUGAUGCGAACGAGAGCCAACGAUCCUCACAAAGUCAAGGAACUCAUGGACAGUAUCGAAGAAAUUGGCCUCCAAGUACCUAUUGAUGUUCUCGAGGUUGAUGGAGUUUACUAUGGUUUCUCUGGUUGCCAUCGCUACGAGGCUCACCAACGCCUAGGGCUGCCUACAAUCCGUUGCAAAGUUCGACGUGGAACAAAAGAAACUUUGAGGCAUCACCUUCGGUAAACAUGGGAGGGACUAUGCAACUUUAUAUGAUUUAAUCAGCUUUCUGUGAACCUCCAAAGCCUUACUGCAAAAGACACUAGCGUUGUCUAUGCUUCUUUGUGUCUAUAGAUGUUUCUAUGCAUAUCAUUACCGAUAUAUUUAAUUUUAGAUAGAAUUGGCUUGCAUUUCGUAGUGUGUUGUCAGCUAUGGAAAGAUGUAAAACAAAAGGCAUAAUGCCAAUAUUUCUUUUUCUAUUUUUCUUUAAAACAAAGAGAUAUGGCAUCAUUAUAAGAAUUAUUGAUCAUAGUUGGCUUUCCAAUUUCUUCUAGGAACAUUAUUUGUUAGCUGUGAUAGAACCACCACUACACAUUAUUAGAAUGCAGUAAUUUCUCA